UCGAACGAUAUGUUUCCACCGGGGCGAUGGCUUCUCCCGAUGUUCUGGCUGAUUUCGAACGCGAUCUGCUCGAUUCGCGGUGCCCGAAUUCUUCUGAUCGCCCCCUUUGAGUCGCAUUCGCAGUGCAUGAUGAUGACUCCCUAUAUAGAGGCCCUAAACGAUCGGGGUCACCAGCUGACCGUGAUUCACGCGUUCAAACACUGCAAGCUCAUUGAGAAUGUGACCUUCAUUCGUAUAAGGGAUAAUAAUAACGUUUACUCAGACUUUGAAGAGUUCAUAGGAAUCGUUUCUUCGACUAACAAGUGGGGAGAAAUGACUUCAAUGACGAAAAUAAUGGCAAAUGCUUCCCUAAAUAUACUAAAUAAUUGGCAAGUUCGAUCCUUAAUGCAAGCAAAUGUCACAUUUGAUUUGGUGGUCGUGGAGCCGGGUUUUACCGAUGUGCUUUACGGGCUAGCAGACCAUUUUAAUGCAUCGCUGGUCGGAAUUUCAACAUGUUUAGCGGAUUGGAAUAUAAAUACCCUAAUGGGUCAUGCAACCUCCUUCUUGGUGGAACCUUUAAUGCCAUUGGGUAUAAAAUCGGUACGAAGUAUUUGGGAUCGCAUCUACAAUUGGCUUUACACCACCGAAGAGUGGCUAUUGAUGAAUUUGGUUUUUCUACCAAAACUGCGCCUCGUUCAUGAUCACUUCUUUAGCCAUCUAGAUCGGAGUUUCCUGGAGAUCCGGCAUGACUUUUCCUUAAUACUGUUAAAUCAACACUUUAGCCUGUUCCGGGCCAGGUCGAAUGUGCCGGGCCUGGUCGAGGUGGCUGGCUUCCACAUCCCCAAAGAGGAUCCAAAACUGCCCGAGGAUCUGCAGUUGUUCAUCGAUGAGGCAGAGCAUGGAGUAAUAUACUUUUCCUUGGGUGUGGAGCAGGAAUGUAAGGACCUACCGAAAGAAACUCUAAAAAUACUGAUUAGAAGCUUCAAAUCGAUGCCGCAGCGAGUCAUUUGGAAGUUUGAGAGUGAGCCCCCGGAAGGAUUAACUAGUAACAUCUACGUCUCCAAACUUUUGCCACAGAAAGCCAUUUUGGCUCACCCUAACGUCAAGCUUUUUAUUAGCCACGGUGGAAUGCUGAGUGUAAUUGAAGCUGCCUACUAUGCGAAGCCUGUUCUUGGCCUGCCUUUGUUCUAUGAUCAAUUUAGGAAUUUGGAAGUCCUGGAGGAGGAGGGUGCAGCCCUCCAGUUGAACAUUAACAGCUUGGAAGGACAGGAACUGAGGGAUACUGUGAAUCGUCUGAUAAACGAGCCAAAUUACGCAGAAAGUGCUCUCGCAGUUUCACAAAGAUUUCGGGAUCAGCCCAUGCAUCCCUUGGAAACCGCCGUAUAUUGGACCGAGUACGUGAUACGCUACAAGGGAGCCAAUCAUAUGAAAGUAUCUCCAUCACAAGUAAAACUGUUUGAGUACUAUUCACUGGACAAAUUCCUAAUGAUCGGAGUACGGUUAUCCCUGGUGGUGGGUAUCGUGUUUUUGGCAAUUUCUAAAGGAAGAUAUUGCUUGAAUUAUUUAACUAAUUUUGCAAAGCAUUUCUUGCCUACAAUUGGCAUUCAACGUAGUAACGAUGUGAUUAGUUAA